AUGGGUGACAAGAUGGAAGGCCCUGGCAACACCUAUGGCACAACCACUACCGGUGCAAGCAACUCUGGCUCGGCCGCUCGUGACUCCAACAUGGGAGAUGCGAUGAAGACGAAUGACAACUACGGCUCCACUACCGCAGGCCUCGGCAGCUCGGGCGGAAACCUCGACUCCUCCAAAAUGGCCAGCGGAAUGAAUGACACCGCCGGCGCUGGUAUGGAUAACCUUAACUCCGGCGCUUACACUGACUCCAAGAUGGGCCAGAAUGUUGAAUCAGGCGGUUAUGGUGCCACCCAACAGAAUCCAUCCACCAUGGACUACGGUGCACCAGGAAUGCAGAACCGUGCCGGAGACCUCAGUACAGAUCCCGGGACCUACAGCUCUACCGGGGGCUAUGGAUCCGGAAACAUGAAUACCGCCUCUGGUCUCAACGAUUCCAGGAUGGCCAACGAGAUGAAUACCGCUGCCGACACCAGCCUCGGUAACCGCGGGACCGACACUAUGGCCUCCACGGUCGACCGUGCUGGACAAUCUAGUGGCAACGCCAUGGAGAGCGGAGCCAACACCAUGAACACCGGUUCAUCCAACAUGGCCAACCAAAUGGAGACCCGAGCUAAGCAAGAGAUGGAGAACCUGUCGGGUCAGCAGGGCUUUGGUGGUGCUGCGGCCGGUGGCAGUAGCUAUAACGCGCCGACGCCCACCACCAAGAGAAGAAGCUCUGGCCCGCACAGCUCCAACUGGCUCAACAAGCUGGAUCCUCGCGUACACAGCUCUGACUAUGAGGCUAAUGCUGCUAGUAACCAACGCGGAAACUAA